UUCAACGCGAAAGGGUGUUGCUGUCACUGCGGUAAAGAAUCGCGAGUUAUAUAUUUUUUUUUUCUAUCAUCACAAUCAUUGUUUAAUAUUACUUAGAUUUACCGUUGACCAUAUAAAUUAUUGUGUUGUGUAAAGUGAUUAAUAAGACGCCAUUUCAGAGCUGUUUUGUUGUUUCAUGGUGUCGAAGGAAGCAACCUCAUCAUGGCGGCGGGCUUACAACUGCGCCUGCUGCUGUGGAAGGACUACCUCAUACGGAAGAGAAAACCGAUAACAUUGGCCGGUAUCCUUUGGGCGACAUUUGUUAUGCUCAGUCUCUACACAGUAAGGAUAAACAUAGACAACAAAGACUACCCAACUUGUCAAUUUGCGGCUCGUGCGUUGCCCAGCGCCGGUGUACUUAAUUUCCUCCAGUCUUUUGUAUGUAACGUGAAUAAUGAGUGCUCACCUUUAGAAGAAUUUGAAGAAAUACCCACAUAUGAAAAAUCUAGGUUUACUCAAAUACAACGUCAACUCACUCCGCUGCUCAAUAAUGCGACUGUUAUCGACACGGCGUCGACAGCACCCGACGCGCUUAAGCUACUCGCCACCUUGUCUGAUAUCGCUGACAAUGCUGUAUUCUCUAAUAUCACAAAAAAUGGAUUACGAGUCAGUGAUUUAUUUAGAAAUCCAAACAGGGUAAAACGGUAUAUAUCCAGACAGUUGGAUAUUUCUGAAGAAGUAACUGAUAGCGUGAUGAUUGCAGAAAUCGGUUUUGAAGGCAUUUUCCAAGAGGGCAUUGAUAGAUGUAACGCAAAAUCUACAAUCAAAACGAUAAAAAUAAAAAAUGUCGAACAUUUAAAUAUAUUUGUGAACAAGCUUUGCAGUGUUGAAAAUAAAAUUAUACAAAAUCUAGUCAAGGAUUUGCUUCUCGAAAUUGAUUUAGGGAAAUAUGUAACAAUGGCUGGUGAAAUGUAUUCAAAAUUAACCGGGGAUGAUAGAAUAACAAGAAUAGGGGACAUGAUCGUAGCUGUGCUGCGAAUGACGGUAAAUAGCUUCUUACCCCCAGAGCUGACUACUAUUUUGCAGGGACGACAACCAGACUUCAGUUACAUUAAUUUGACCAUGAUCACCAAAGCAAUGGACAUGUUCCAACCAACUUUUGGAGAGACUGACUCGUACAAAUCACUACGAGAUAUAAUUGAUACUGUAGUUCUAGGUAUCGAAUAUUUAAACAAGUUUUUAAUAAACAAAGGAGACACGGUUGAAGAAGUCAAUGAUUUAGAAGUAACAAAUGUCGGCAACGUGUUGGAUAUAAACAAAGAAAUUAAAAGAGUUACACUAAUUUUCGGCAACGUCGCUGAUGUAGUUACAGAACCAAGCAGCAAUGAUACAAACGCGAAUAUAUUCAAUAUUUUAUCGCGUUUAACAAAUUUUGUUUUAAAAUGGUUACCAGCUAAUCAAAAACAUGAUGUUCUGUUUUAUUCUUCACUUCUUGGAAAGCUGAUUGAAGGAAGUGAGAGAGUUAUUGAUAUAAAUAUGCAUUUAGAACAGUUGGCUCACAAUGUAUCCUUGCGGAACCCCCAGGGAGUAAAAGUACUAUUAAAAUUACCACUACAUAUAGUUAAAAGUGGUUUAGAAGCUUUAGCUGAUGCUGAAAGAACACAGAUUGCUACGUCUAAAAUGAAUGACCCAGGCCAAAUGUUUUGUGACAUUAAUCGUCUUAAGAACUUUUUCUUGAUUUCAAGAGAAGAAGCGUCGGAUCUGAAGGCACAGCUUUGUACAGACGCAUGGAAAAACUAUAUAUAUGAUUUGGUGACGUCAUUCGGUAUAUAUGAAGUUAAGAAUAACAUAAACAGUAUGGCGUCGCUUUUCGUGCUGGAGACUUUGGGCAAAGACAUCAGCGAUGAGCUUUAUACCAUCGACAAAGAUUUUGAAAUCCUGAAGAACUUUACAGAAAAUUUAAAAAGAAUGGAAAUAGAAGAGAGACCAGCCAUCAAUUGGUCUCUAGUGCUUAACGUUUCCGAAGAAUCUGAAUUGUUAAAAGUUUUCCGAAACAAAUCACAUUUGGGUAAAAAUAUACUGAUAACAGUUCACGGAGCGUUGGCUAAAGAAGUCGUGAGCCAGAAUCCUCUAUUGGAAUAUAAAAUAUCUCCGUUCUUAAAGAACAUAAAUAUAAUGAUAAAAGCAAUGAACGAACAAUUGGAUGUCGCACCUCGAGGACUGCAAAUAAAAGUCAAGGAAUUGUAUCCAGAUAUUAUUAGAACAAUUUUAACGACGGCUUUAGACGAGGAAAAGAGCUACAAAGCUUUGUCUACGUCUUGUCAAGAUAUUUUAUGUCACGGAUCGGAAACAGCUAAAGUGUACUUAAAUUUUCCGCCAAAUAUUACUGAAGAAAUACUUGUUACAACCUUAUGUAAUAUAACUAUUGCCAUCGAAGAAGGAUUGCGAAGAGACUCGGUGAUUGGAAAAGCGAUAAACGAUAUAACAAAUGUAAAACACACGACGUUAGAAGAAAUAAAUUGGACCCAAAUAAUAACUGGCUUAAAUAACUUGUAUGAAAAACUAAAUGAUGAUUACACAUAUUUGUUUGAAUACAAAACUUAUGGAAUGGACAAAGGACUACAGAAGGAAGUAACCGCAAUGAUGGACGACGUGAUGGACUUCUGGUUUAGCGCUAAGAACUUGAGCAGGAUUAUGCAUAUAAGCAUUAAACUGGGUCUUCGAUUUUUGGACCUUUUGGAUCGCGGCAUCUUUAAUAUAACAGCUGACAUCUGGUUACAAUUGAAGUAUAGUUUUGAAUCAGCGAUCGGACCGAUGACGGUGGCUGAUGAUAUAAUUCAAAUUAUUGCAGGUAUAUCCAAAAACGAGACUGUUUCAUCAAACAUACCGGCACUCACAGCGUUAGCCUUGCAACACUUUCUACCCAAUCUGCCGCACAUGAUCGUGGAUUCGGUUGAUCUCAUCAAAUCUGACGCUACUGAUGUAGCACCAAUAAUAUCAAUACUGAACAGUGAACCAUACUGGCCUUGCUCAGACAGCCUCUCGCAAGUCCUGCAACUCAGUCAAGAAGCAAAAACAGCUCUAACAUCGCUGGAAACAAUUAUGUGCUUAAAUAGGGAUAUUCAAACCGAAUGGAGAACAUAUUUAGCGGCCAAAAACGCGACAAUGUUUAAAUACCAAAAUUGGAGUACAACAGAAUAUUCAGAAAGUCCAUUUCUGAAAUUCUCAGCUGCGUUUGACAAUUUAGUAAAAGAUCGAUUUAAUUUAAUCGAUUUAAUCAACAAUUUUUUCGUAAAUGUAUUUGAUGAGGCUAAAGACGAUCGUGUGACAUUCGCGUCUGCUUUAAAAUACAGUGUCGAUGCGUUUAACAAUACCGACAGGGACGAAAUAUUAAGAAAAUUCUUUACCAAACUUGACACAGUCCUGAACUCUAUUAACACAUCGUCUGUCCAAAUAAACGUACCUCUCAAUACACUGUGGAAGAAUUACCUCAACUGCACAAGCAACGAAUACAUAGAUGACGACUGUCAGAUGAUCGCUAGAGCUGCGUGGAAGUACACGCUCCAGUUCCUAGCAGUCGCCGGCGGGAACAUGACAGACGAUUUACUAACAUACUUUACAGAGAGCAAUGAGCAAAAUGCUACAAUCCUUCAACUGCUGGGAUUCACGAGAAGUACCGGACUAUUUGUAUUGUACGAUAAACUGCCAGAGUUCAUCGCUGUCCUUUUUAAUUCUUACACAGAUCUAGGUUUUAUGAAUCAGAUUCGUCGUGCCUCAAGUACUCAAUUCUGGGACUGUGACGAGGUGUUAAUGUCUCUAAACCCUGGACUCGACAGUCCCAUUGACAUGUCAAUUAUAAAACAAGUCCAGCCAUUUAUCUGUCCCUCCCUAUUGCACUGGCUGUCUAUGCCCAAGGGAGACAAUAAAUUAAUCGACGUCUUUACAAAACCCCAAUAUUAUUUCUUCACAUUAGAAGCAGAAAACUUAACGAGUACUUACGAAAACGCCUACAAAAAAGCGAACGCAUUAGGAGUUUUGUUAAAAGAGGUUGCAAAUAAAAACAAAACUAUGGUCGAAAAUAUUAAACUUAGCACGAUUCAAGAUAAACUGGAACAAGCAAUAGAUCAUAUUUUGUCUUAUGAAAUAAAAGAUAAUGAUACAUUUUACAUUGCGUUUAACGAAGCGAAUAAAAAACAGCUAACAGCUAUAAUUUACUUAACAAAAGUCGUAACAAUAAUAAACAAAGUCAUCACGGCUGUAGAUAAUUUUACUCUUUCGGAUAUAAAUAAUGUUUCUGAAGAAGACAUGAAAAGUCUACAAGAAGAAUUACCGCUUAUACAAAAGAUUUUCGAAAGAAGGCCUUCGGAUACAAUUGCUUUCCAUUUCGAUAUUAUAACAGAUGUAUUAUGGACUAAUGAUAAAAAUUACAAAUUAGCAGAUGCAGUAAAGGCCAGUUGCGAACGUCUAAAAACUAAAGAUAAUUCUAUGAAUAUUUUAGAUGAAAUGAAUAGAGUUAAAGGACAGAUUUGUGCCAAGAAGUAUUAUAUUUUCUAUCGUGCAUUACAAAGCAUUAUGGACGAUUAUACUGAAAAUGGAAGAAAAACUUUACUUGAUGUUUUUGAAACCCUUAAAAUUGAAAACGAGAAUUUCACUGAUAUAGCAACAUUUUUCAAAGAAAGACAAAGUUUAGUAAACGUCUUGAGAAAAUCUGUAAAAUAUUCACAUGACCUAGGCGUCCCUAUUUAUUUAAAAUACCUCCAAAAUAACUUAAAGCACUAUCAAAUCGUACUGAGCUUCCUGUCUGGUGAUGACUGGUGGUCAGAGUUGAGGAAUCUGUACAGUGGACCGAAAUCUAAUCAUUUCUUUGACAUUGUGGAAAAAGGAUUUGAAAUUGCUGAAGAUAUACUAACACAUAUGGAUAAAAUACAUAUGGUGCGCCUGCUGCGUGACCUGAACCUGAACAGCACGGAGUCGUUCUGCCAACUGAACGUGUCGGUGUCGGAGUACGUGCCCGACGGCGGCGCGCUGUCGGCGCUGCGCGCGCAGCUGUGCGGCGCCGACGCCACCGCGCUCUUUGCGGAACUGCCGCCGUUGAUGUUCGCUUCCCAGGGCUACAACAACGACUUAAAGAUGUCCAAUGAACUAGAUUACGAAGAAUUAUACUCAGAUAUUGCAAGCACAGAGUCAAAACUGGAAUUAAUUAGGAAUGGACCUCUAACUCCAAUGCGGCCGCAGUGGGUCACAGACGAAAAAUUAUCGUCCUUAAAAAAUGUCGCGAUGCAACUUCUAUCUAAAGAGUCGCUGAUAAAGAUAUCGUUUGGUGUUCUCAGUAAUUUUGUAGAUGCGGGAACGUUAUUCUUGAAUAACAGUCAGUGCACCCUGUGCUCAGAAUUUACCACCUGGUUCAAGCAACUGAACUUGCAGCUGUACAAGAAGCAAGAGUACGACAGUCUACUUUGCGGGAUCGAUCAAAUGUCUCAAGAAGAAAUUCAUAGCGCUCUGAAAAAUGACUUCCACUGGGACAUGGCCAUUAGUGAGUUAAUAUCAACACGAAACUACACAAAGUUCGAACUCAACAAAUCUCUAAACGAGUUACUGGAGCAAAUAAAAUUACAUCUGCUAGAUGAUAUCGGUGCCAAGCCCACGAAGCUGUCGGAGUGCCUAGCGGGCAAUAUUACUGGAAAUGCUGUUGGACACGCGGCCUUAUUCACCAUGGUAUUAGCAAGGACAUCAAAACUUCUUGCAGCAGAGUUACCUCACCUCCAAGACAUCCGCGGUGUCACAGAAUUACCAUAUUUUAAACAACUCCAUUUAAAUGUCGCCCAUACACUUAAUGUCAAAGAUACUCUGAAAAAAUAUUUGACAAACAGAGCAGAAUUCACAAAAAAAUUACUUAAAUUGACAAACAGUACAAAAUUGGUGAAGAAUAUUGAAGAGGGUGAAAUAAAUCUGCUUUUGGCGAAAGAACUUCAAGCAAUAAACGAUUAUCUCUACUUGCAAGACUACUCGUGGGAAGACGUCUGCCUCAUCCACCAAUGCGAUGAAAUUAAAUCCAUAAUCAAUAAACAUAUCAACUUUACCCUCGUUGCAAUCAACGUAUCCGAACUUCAAACAAAGGAGUUCUGGCGUUUUAACUUCAUUUCCGCAAUCAUAGGCCAUGUGCAGGUAUUGUUGGAUCAUAUAGCCAGGGUUCUCGGGGUGGUCAGUGGGAUAGACAUCCAGGGAGUGCUGGAAGGAAAAUUGGAGUCUCUUCUGGAUACAGGGAUGCAGUUGAUGAUGGACGAAACUUUGGACAGCAUUUUGUACAGUAUACGUGGACUGUUGGAGGAAUUGAAACCAUUACUAAAAGGAACUUCGCUGGAUUUCGAUUUGAACGCAGUUGCAGACGGUCUAAAAAUCCUUCAUAAUUUCAAGAACUACAUCAUUGAAGAAGAUAUCAAAGUGAAUGUAUCCCAGAUAUUCUCGAUACCGGAGCUUAUAGAAUCUGGGCUUAAUGAUUUGGGGAUCAACAACACUAAUUUCUGGUCGAUCGCAGCUCCGAGAAUCCAAGCUGGCUACAUAGCGAUUAAAGCGUUACUUGUUCAAAAACAGGGUAAAUACAGCAUCAGCGACUUUACUUGUCAGAUAGAUGACAUGUCCAAGGUCCUGGUACCUGGUAAUGUGGACGUGGUGACCUUGGACGAUGUUUACGCGGCGGUGGUGGAACAGUUCUGUGGUCUACAAGAUGAUCGCGUCAAGAGUGUGCUGCUUGUUCUUCUGAAGAAUAUAGAUUUUGAAGUUAUCUUUGAUAAGGUUAAAUCUUUCCUCCUUACGAAGCUCUUUAUAGCAUCUAACCUCACUCAAUCAGAAGGCGACACCGUUCUGUCCCAAUUCGGAAAGAUGGCGGCGCUUAUUCCAGAACUACAAACCAGUAUAGGAAAUAUAACAGAAAGUCUAUCAAAUGAGCCGCUGCUGUUGCGGAUGAAGAAGAGUGCUUCUUUCGGGGACAUGCUCGCUUCAUCAGACUUCCUAUCGGACGCAGGGAAGAUGCUCUGCGGGAAGCCGUUCCAAACGGACCUCAAUCGCUUCUACAAGUCCAUCGUCCGCAUGGAGGACCUCGCCUCGGAGCCCGACCUGGCGCAGCUGCAGGCCUUGCCUACUGACUUCUGCCGUUCGCUCUAUAAAGAUAUAAUCAGCAUGGAAGGAGGAAAAAUAGUUUGGAGUUUCGUCAAACCACUCAUUGUUGGCAAGAUUCUCUACACUCCGUCUGUUCCCGCCGUGCAAAGAAUUGUUGAAAAGGCCAAUUCGACGUUUGCACCAAUGGUAAAAAUGGUCAAUCUCGUCCACUCCUUCGCCAACUCAUUCUCGGCGGUGGAUAAAUUAAACCUGCAUCGAGGUGGUUUAGAUGCUUUGAAGAAUCUAAUGACAGUACCACAAUACGCUGGAAUAAGAAAGAGCCUGCUUGGAGAUGUUCAAGCACCAGAUAUAGAUAUUAACGGAAUAUUCGAUGAUUUUGGUGAUACUAAGGCAUUGGGCAGUAUGUUGAAGAAAGCAUCAGAUCUCUUACAUUGUGUCAAUCUAAAUCGCUUCAAACCGAUGCCCACCGAACACGAACUCGCCCAAGAAGCUGCGAGACUGACGCUGGUCAAUGAAUUCUCUGCAGGUCUGGUGUUCAUGAAUAUCAGUGAUACUGAAAGCGCUAUCCCAUCAAAUAUCGAAUAUAAAAUACGAAUGGAUAUAGAAAAUGCACCCCCCACUAACAGGCUGAAGAAUUAUUUAUGGAUACCAGGCCCCGAAGCAAGCUUCCUAGAGAAUAUGAGAUAUUUCCGUGGUUUUGUACAGAUACAGGAUAUCAUAGACAAGGCAAUCAUAGAUUUGUCCAUGGAUAAUUCAAGAAAGGUGAAAAAGAGAGAGAUAUCUGAUGACAAAACAGAUUGGGCUAUUUACACCCAGCAGAUGCCUUACCCUUGCUAUCGACGUGACUUUUUCCAAACGUCCUUAUAUGAGUCUCAAUCACUACUGGUAGCAUUCUUCUUUUCUUUACUCUUCACCGUAUCAUCAGCUGUCAGAUUUAUUGUAUCUGAUAAGGAGACCGGCAACACGAUGCUGAUGUCUGUAAUGGGAGUAAACCUAAGCUACCACACGCUGUCUUGGUUUCUAUGGUCAUAUAUUGAAACGGUGCUCACCAUCUGCUGCAUAACGGCGGUGCUGACUGUUGGUCAAAUUCUGCCGCGCACCGAUCCCAGUUUAAUAUUUGCCUUAUUGCUGGUAUUUGCAUUUUCAGUGAUCGCUUUCUGCUACAUGAUGUCGACCCUGUUCCGCUCGGCCAGUGUGGCCGCGGUGUGCUCUGGCAUCGCCUACCUCAUUACCUUCAUGCCAUUCGUGUUGAUCCUCUCCUUAGAAGCUGUACUGAGCAGUUCCCUCAAGUUAUUUGUUAGUCUUUCAAUGUCAUCAUCACUCUGCUACGCCUUCUUAUUCAUAACACGCUUCGAGGCUAUGGGCGUCGGUGCGGGCUGGGCACAAUUAUGGGAAGCGCCCGACAACUCGAGUGACAUGAACAUUGGUAUCGCUGGAAUUAUGGUGUUUGUUGAUGGUCUCAUCUACAUUGCAGUGGGAUUCGUCAUAAAUAUAUUCUUUGGGAUCAAGAGCACUAAUAAUGUAACAACUUGCGAAGCGAAAGGAGAGAAAGCCGGCGUCAGUAUCAUCAACGUGACCAAAAUAUAUAAUGAGGGAUCGCGAAAUGCGAAGCUGGCCCUAAAUAACGUAUCCAUGGAACUACAGAAAGGGCAGAUCACAACGCUGCUGGGGCACAACGGAGCCGGAAAAACGACAUUAAUAAACAUCUUGACGGGCAUGCAGCGCGCCAGCCGCGGCCUCGUGCUGCUGCGCGCGGACGCGGCGCGCGCGCGCCUGGGCGUGUGCCCGCAGCGCGACGUGCUGCUCGAGCACUUGACGGCGCGCGAGCACGUGGCGCUCUACGCGCAGCUCAAGGCGGGCCGCCGGGACGUGCGGCCCGACGUGGAUGGCAUGCUACGAGUAUUGUGCCUGGGUGACGUGUGCGACGUUCCCGUGGCGCGACUGUCGGGCGGCACUCGCCGCCGCCUGUGCGUGGCGCUCGCUUUCGUCGCUGAACCCUCGCUCGUAUCACUCGACGAGCCGACGUCUGGGGUCGAUCCGGCGGCUAGAAGAGACAUUUGGUCCAUGAUAAUGAGGUUACGCGAGAACCGAACAAUUCUUCUGACUACCCACCAUCUGGACGAAGCGGAAUUAUUAAGCGAUCAAAUUAUUAUCAUGCACAAGGGGCAAAUCCACACAACUGGAUCUCCAAUAGAAAUCAAACGAACAUUAGGCACAGGAUACAAUUUGAGUGUCAUGUAUCCAGACAACAAACUCAAUUCUAUACAAUAUACGGAACCCGAAGAGGUAUCUAUAGAAGAGAAGACGAAGGAUUUGCUGACAGUAACUCGAAGCGUGAUUAAAAACGCGAACCUGGUCGAUGUUAAUGGCCUGGAAGUGGAGAUUAACCUGCCCUUCUACGACUCUGACGGGGUUAGCAAUAAUUUCCUGGAGGCGUGCAGCGCGCUGGAGCAGGCGCGCGAGGCGCUGGGCUACCGCAGCCUGGCGCUGGACUGCAGCAGCCUCGAGCACGUGUUCUACAACAUCUGCCGCCGCGCCGACUCGUCGGACUGCGAAAUGUCAUCAGUGCCGGAGUCUUCAUCUAAUAGCGCAUCAACGUCCAGCAUCAAGAAUGACCAAACGCCACUCGUCCCUCCCGAGGGCCCUCUCAAAGGCACCGCGUGGCAACAGUUUGUAGCGAUACUUUAUGCGAGGUACCUGCACUAUAUUAGGAACAGAAUGUUAUUAUUCCUGUUAAUUGUUCUACCCUCUCUGUUCAUAAUAAUCGCAAUGGCGUUCUCAACAAUCCGACCGCCGGCUGACAACGAAAUAUCAUUAAAAUUAUACAGAGACACAUACGAAGGAUCUACACAAUUUCUUAUACCACAACCCUCGAUAUAUUCCGAUUUCAUUGACCCAAGUUUAGCUCAACGAGUAAUGAAUGCGUUGCAACGAGAAAAACAAUCUAGAAAUUGGACAAAUUAUGAUUCGCCCACCUGUAAAUGUGUGGACGCGGUACAACAAUGUGAUCAAAAUAAAGACAUCGAUUUGGAUCGACCGCAGAUGAUGUUGUUACCAGACGUGAUCACGCUUAACGACUGGUUGGUUUCCUCGCAUGAAGCUUAUAUUGAAAAAAGAUACGGGGGUUUCACUUCGUCGAUCAAGAAUAAUAUGACCCACCUGGUGGCCUGGUACAACAACAAGGGUCACCACUCGCUGCCAUCCGUCAUAAACGAGCUCAACUCCGCCCUGCUGAAGUUGGUCACCGGCGACGAGAGCGCCAAUAUCGCCGUCUACACGCAUCCACUUAAAAUCUCCAAGGAACAGUUGAACAAGGACACCGUGUACCAGCACAUCGCGGACGCCGGCAUCUCGGGCAUGCUGCUGCUGGCGUACAGCCUGGCGGGCGCGGGCGGCGCCGUGUACCUCGUGAGCGCGCGCCGCGACGGCCGCGCCGGCCUCGCGCGCCUCUGCGGCGCCGCGCCCGCGCGCGCGCUGCUGGCCGCGCUGCUGUGGGACUUCGCCAUAAUUGUCAUCAAUAUGGUGAUCACGGCGGUGGUGCUGCAGAUAUUCCACUUUCCUGUUUUCGUGGCGAGGAAUAACUUACCGGCGAUCUGUAUACUUAUUUUACUUUAUGGGUACGCAUGCACGAACUUUGUGCACGUGUUUCAGCGUCUGUUCAACGAAGCGAGUUUGGCGAACAUGGUAAUGUUCUGCGGGAACGCCUUUGUCGGCCUCGUCGGCAUCACACUGCUGCUCAUACUAGACAUCAUUUCGGAUUCUGACGCAACGGAUCACGCCAGAUGGGUGUUACAUAAAAUUCUAAUGCUGAGUCCUCAAUUCACGCUCGGCGAUGGUCUCCUUGAGAUUGCGAAGAAUACUAUACAAGCACAGGUGUUGCUGCAGUUUGGUAUGGACACGUACCGGGAUCCGUUAACCAAGAACGUGGUGGGCUACCACUACAUUGCACUGGUGCUGGUUGGCACUGCGCUGUUCAUACUUAACUUGGCGAUCGAAUACGAUUAUUUCGAUGUCAUUAUUGUCAGGUUGAGGUCAAAAUCUAGCCACACGGAAGAUUCUCUUUGGCCGCAGCCCAUCCCGGCCGAGGUGUCGGCGGAGGAGCAACGGGUGACCGAUGCUCUGCAGUCGCUGCGACUGCGCACCAUCGGGAAUAUUAAUGCUGGCUACGUCGACACCGACGACUCGGUGUCGCCGAAGAAGGCGCGACCGACGGCCCGCGCGCCGCACGAUGUGUGCGCCACUCGGCGGCUGCGGCGCCACUACGGCGCGCGCGUGGCGCUGCACGCGCUGUCGCUCGGGAUUCCCGCCGGACAGUGCACGGCGCUACUCGGCGAAAACGGAGCAGGAAAGUCGACGACAUUUUCAAUGCUGACGGGAGAAAUUCGACCCACAUCGGGCAGCAUCUAUUUACUCGGCCGGAAAGUUAAUAAAAGAGACCUAAGUCAGGGGCUCAUCAGCUACUGCCCUCAAAGUGAUGCGAUUGACCCUUUGAUGACCGUGAAAGAAACGCUCGUGUUUUAUUGCAGAAUGCGAGGUAUCGAGGGUCGGGAAGAAGUAAUCCGCCGAACGAUAGAGUUAUUCGAGUUGACGAGGUACACGCACGUCCGUAGCGGAGCGCUCAGCGGCGGCAACAAACGCAAGCUGUGCACCGCCGUCGCCUUCAUGGCUCGCACGCCGCUCGUGCUGCUCGACGAGCCCACCAGCGGCAUGGACCCGGUGUCGCGCGGCUGCGUGUGCGCGGCGUGGCGCGGCGCGGCGCGGGCGGGGCGCGCGGCGCUGCUGGCCACGCACGCGCUGGACGACGCGCGGCGGCUGGCGGCGCGCGUGGCGCUGCUGCGCGCCGGCCGCCUGCAGGCGCUCGCCUCGCUCGACGACUGCCUGCGCCGGUUCGGCGGCGGCUACGUGGUGGCGUGCGUGGUGCGGCGCGGCGCGGCGGGCGCGGUGUGGGCGCGCGUGGCGCAGCGGGCUCCGCACGCGGCGUUGCGGGUGCUGCACCACGCCGCGCUGCACUUCCUGCUGCCCGCGCAGAGCACAGUGGACGGCAAGGAGAUAGAAACGAAGUUGAGUGACGUCUUCCGGCUGCUGGCGGAGCUGCAGAUGAGCUGCGAUAUAGAAGACUACACGGUUAAUCAAAGCUCGCUCGAUCAGAUGUUUCUAAGUUUUAGUGAGAAAACGAGUAUCCUGGAUACUAUUGACGACCCUCUCCCAACUCCUCGUCUCUUGAGGCGAGUCAGCGAAGAGCUGGACAGCGUCACAUCACUGUGAUAUCCUCUGAUUUAUAAAUAAAUAAAUGGUAUACGAGUACCAUUAAAAAUCGUUAAGAAAACAUUUUUUGCGAGAUAAUUAUUAAAAAAAUCAAGUAAUUUGGCAACUUAAAGUUAUAUAAGUUGUCUUGUACAAAUCCAAAGAGUCAAAACAAACGUUAAUACUAAUUCAUCCUGACCAAAAUAUAGAAAAAUACGUAUUAAUUCUUAUCACGGAUGGAAUAAAGACACAAAAUUUCGUUUAGAAACUAAGGGAAACUUUUGCUUUCAUUGCUAUUUCUAAACUGUAUUUUUUACUUGAAAUAAAAACAAGUACGACCGAAUAUUUGAAUCCUGUAUCGUUACCAUGUUCGUUUUUAAGUUUAUUUGUUUAAUCGUCAAUAGUUCAGCGGUAUACCGGUAUAGCGAAGCGAGCGGCGAGCGAGGCGGCAAGUCCAAAUACGUUACGCUUGAUUUGACAGAAAAUAGGAAAAAUUAUUUAUUUAAUUUCUUGCACAGAUAAUAUUAUUUAGAACAUGAGUGCUUGGGUUUUAAUUUACGUUUGAAAAAAGAAAAAAAUAAAUUUUUUCCGCUGUCUUUUUGAGUAUUUACUUCGAACGACAUCUUUUCUUCUAUGCAAUUUCUCAGUUAUCCUCGUUAUUGUAGUCAAAUCUCAACUUUUAUAGAAACUAGCUACUUCAAUAACAACAUUACGGGUGUUUCAAAGGCGAAAUUGUAUUUAUGAAUAUACUUCCUACUUAGAAUAAUAAUAACAACGUAAUAUUCAUUGAUAAACGAUGACUUAAACAAGGUAAAAAUAGUUUUCAUAUAAAAAACUGUAUUGCCUUAAUUUUGUACUGAUUUAUAACAAUUUUAAAUAUAAGAUAUUCGAAUUUAAUGGAGAAAUAAGUAUUUUUAUAGUAAGUUUGUAACAGGCCGACUGUGAUAUAACUGUAUUUGUGUUG